UUUUGCCAGCACUUCCCAAUAGGUAAUCUUUAUGCGAAAUACACAGGAAGCUGACCUAGCGCCCAACCGUGGUCACUUCCACUCAACUACACCUCGGCGUCUGUAUCCCUCUCAAUCCUUGGCCAGUUACCGUACGAGCCAAAUACACGCUGCAUUUUAGGGGCUCUUAACUUCUGAUGCCUCCCUCGGUCUCCGCCGCCACGCGCUCCGACGAUGAUGAGGAUCACGGUGCACCCACUGAAAUUUCAGAUGCCGAUGGCGACGAAAAAGAACUGGAAUAUGAAGAAGUGGAAGAAGAUGGUGAUGUUGAAGAAUACGAAGAAUAUGUUGAAGAGGUUGAAGAAGAAGAAGAAGAAGAAGUAGAGGAAGUGGAAGAAGUGGAAGAAGUGGAAGAAGAAGAAGAAGAAGAAGAAGAAGUAGUGGAAGUGGAGGAGAAAAAGGUGGAUCAGAAGGACGAGGUGAAUGUUUCAGAUUCUUCAAUUGAAGCCGAUGAGGAUCCUAACGAUGUUAGUCGAGAUAUGGAGUUUGAGGGGCAUGACAGGCUACUGAGAUCGAGUUCUUAUACCCUAGAAAAAUCUGAAGUGAAGAUCUCACCUGAGUACAUUGCUGUAGAGGAAAGUAAUGGUAAUUCCAAAUUUUCUAGUCAUUCAAAUGAGCCAUUGACAACACAAAAGGAAGAACUGGAUUUGAAUGAUGUGGAUUCAAAAUAUAUAGAAUUGGGAAAAGAUAUGGUUCCAGAAGACAAGGUCUUUAAAGAUUGUAGUGAAUCACAUUGUGAUAGCAAGGCCUUUUCGUGCACCGAGGACAUUAUCGAUGCUGAAACCCACCUUUUUAGCAGCACAAGAAAUGAUAUGGCUAAUGCUUUCCCAAUGAAAGAUCACUUAGGUGAGGAGGCCAAUGGUGUUUUGAAUACUAGGGAAGAAAUUAAGCAAAUGGACUUGCAAUCAAGGCAUGACAAAAAUCAAAUGGAAUCAAGGUUUUUCAGAUUGGCUACUCCAGAUACAAGGACUAGAAGUCUGUCCCCUGGUGCUGAGAUUAAGGAAGGAAACAAACGCCCGGCUGUUAUUUGUGACUUUUUUGCACAAGGGUGGUGCAUCAGAGGUAGUUCAUGUAGGUUUCUUCAUAUAAAAGGUAACUUGAAUAAUACCACCCAAAAGUCCGAGGUAGAAGCAGAUGCUGUGAAUUGGAAAAAAGUUCAGGUGGACAAAGGUUUGAGAGGCGAGAGAUCAAGGUCGCCUGGUUUUCCUGAGCCACAGGAAUCUUCAGUUGGAAAUACCCUGGAAUUUUCUUCACACUUCUCUUCAGAAACAAUCCUGCCAAGGGAGCUUGGAGAAAGCCAAAGGUGGCAUCAGUUUCAUCAAAAACAUAAACUUCCAUUGGUUGAGAAAGAGGACUUAUCUUUGUGCAUUAAUCCCGACUCCCAGCAUUUGCCUUCCUCUAAAGACGAUCCGGGCUCUGUCUUGUUUAAGGAUGUAGGGGGAGAGAGUUGGAGAGAAAAUUGGCCUGCAAAUAAUUAUGGUGACCAUGCUUCGUCAAACAGUAGAGGUAGUUCGGUAGUAAAGAACAACUUGCUUCCCGAGUAUGGAUUUUCUUCAAGUAGCCCUGUUCUUUUGUCGCGCAAUUAUGACAGUGAGAUCUUCUCUUCUCAUUCUCUACAGAGCCAGCAUGUGCACAGUGACUAUAAUUCACCACUUAGGAUCCAUUCUCUGAAUUCAAGCUCAAAUACUUAUCUUUCGAGUACUGGCAUGCUGCCAUCUCACCGUAUCUCUUCCUGGAGAGCAUCUUUGUUGCCCUUUAGUUAUUCCUCUUUCAGUACAAGUUCUCUUGGUGCUCAAAGGCUGUUGAACAGUGAGAAAGAAUGCCAUGCUUCUGGAUCAUCUUCCUUGCUGCUUAGUUAUUCUCCCUUCUCUGGUUCUAAAUCAGAAAAUCUACCUCUAGCCAAUGUACCAUUGCACUGUGCUGAACAUAAAACAAAAUUUUCUUCAAAUGAUUGGGAGCCUUCUGUACCUUUCCGACCAUCUUUUUUUAUUCCUCCGAUUGGUUUAUCAUCUCCAGAUCGCCAAUAUGAUCCUCUUCAUGAUAGCAUUGAGCUACCCAAGAUAGUAGAUCAAUCCUUUAGAGUUUCUCUCGACAGUCAUGGGGCAUCCAUGGACACAUUGCUCCAGAGGAAAUAUGGUAAUCCUGUAUUAACUGCGAUGCAGGGCCUAGAAUGUCACAAUGAUACAACUUCCGUAUCUUCUCAUAAUAAAGUUUAUGAGAAUGUGUUAGAAAAACACCAUCAUGGAAGAGAUUCUCUUAAAACUGAAGCAGAGACAGUUGGAACAUCUGCUGUUGACCGAAAAAAUGGGAUGAUGUCUAAAGAAGGGAAUCCCUUGGGCUUCUCUCAUGUCAAUGAUAGGACAAAAAGGAGCAAGCUCGAUGAUGAUCAUGCUUUAAGUCAUCAAAAUGAUGCAUCAGGACAUCAGGACUUAAAAGUAAGUAGGGGUGGACAAGACAAUGAAAUGGAUGUUGGGCAUAAGACAGAUGGAAAUAUUCACGGUGAACCAAAAGCACUGAGACAUUUUCGUGCUGCCCUUAUCGAUUUAGUUAAAGAGUUGUUGAAACCAAAUUGGCGUGAUGGCCAUCUCAGCAAGGAUGCUCAUAACAUGAUAGUAAAAAAAGUGGUAGACAAGGUUCUUAAAACCUUACAAUCCCAUCAACUUCCAACCACCUUGGAAUCAGUGAAGCAAUAUCUCUCUUCAUCACGUCCAAAAAUUGUUAAACUUGUUGAGGGAUAUGUUGAGAAAUACGGCAAAUCUUAAGGCUCUAGGCUGAGUGCUUUUUUUGUACAGAGAUGUUCAUGCUUCGUAUCUUGUCACCUGAUCUGCUGCUGUUGCGAUGGGUUGCUGCUGGUAACAAGCCUUGGGCCGACUGAGCUGUCACAUGAUUCACAUCAGAUUCAUCGUGACCAUUGGAAAGCAACGGAUCGGCUGGGAAAUAUUUGAUUGAAUCAGUAACAGCCAAGUCUUGUCUUGUGCGCCAAAAUUCAAAUUUCUGGGUCUUUUUUAUUCGGUUGGCACUGAUGGUAAGAGGUGAUUUAGAUUGCUGAUCUUGAACACAUACGAGGCCAGCAAAGGAGAGUGAGUCAGCCGAAUUGUUGUCUGCUGCGGCAUCCACAGAAAUCUUGUUUUGCAGGUGAGUUGCCAUUGAUUCUGCGACACACUUGGUUUGCUAGAGUCAGCGCAUAUAUAGCACUGGAUGAUGGGAAAUUUGACAUUCAAAUUGCCUUGUCCUAGUCAUUACAAGCAUCUUGAAUUUCGUUCCAUCUUUUUGGCGGACAUACCAAAGAAUGGUGGUGUAGUUUUAUGUUGAGCCUGUUACUUAUUAUUCUCAAAGCUGUUUUAAAUUCGAACUUUACGAGGGAAUUGUAGAAAUAGAUUGAUCUUAGUGGAGGUUUGGUGUUGUUUUCUCUUAUUUGGUCGUCACUUCGUCCGUAAUGUUCCAUCCAUAAUAAUGUCUUUGGUAAACUAGAAACGUUGUACGGGUGGAAAUUUCCAAGAAGUGUUUUUGUACUAGUAAUGUCAGGUAUAAGUUCUAAAUAAAUAAAUUUUGUACAAAUUUUUUAUAAAAAA